AACAGAUCGAUUGCCCUUGUGACUCCCCGCCCCCUUCCCACCCCACCCCCACCGCUCCCUCCCUCCUUCCCUCCCCCGCCACCUCCCCUCACCCCGCCUCCUUCCCGUUCCCCACCCCCAAACCCUCUCACCCGCGGCAGUCCGGUGCGAGGCCCCCUCCGGAAGGUGAGGGGAAUGGAUUGGACUCCGGUGGGGAAAGCGGGUGUCUAGAAGUGGUGCUAAUGGGAAGAGAAUUCUGGUUUCAAAAGAGGAUGCUCUGCCACAAAGAGCGGCUCGCGCGCUGGCCUGGGCUCUAGCCGAGGAGAGAUCCCGGGAGAACUCCAGAGCUCCGGGGGAGCGCUCCUCGGAAGACCGGGGCCAACAUGCCUGUGCGCAGGGGGCAUGUGGCACCACAAAAUACAUUUCUGGGGACCAUCAUUCGGAAAUUUGAAGGGCAAAAUAAAAAAUUUAUCAUUGCAAAUGCCAGAGUGCAGAACUGUGCCAUCAUUUAUUGCAACGAUGGGUUCUGUGAGAUGACUGGUUUCUCCAGGCCAGAUGUCAUGCAAAAGCCAUGCACCUGCGACUUUCUCCAUGGACCUGAGACCAAGAGGCAUGAUAUUGCCCAAAUUGCCCAGGCAUUGCUGGGGUCAGAAGAGAGAAAAGUGGAGGUCACCUACUAUCACAAAAAUGGGUCCACUUUUAUUUGUAACACUCACAUAAUUCCAGUGAAAAACCAAGAGGGCGUGGCUAUGAUGUUCAUCAUUAAUUUUGAAUAUGUGACGGAUAAUGAAAAUGCUGCCACCCCACAGAGGGUAAACCCAAUAUUACCAGUCAAAACUGUAAACCGGAAAUUUUUCGGGUUCAAAUUCCCUGGUCUGAGAGUUCUCACUUACAGAAAGCAGUCCUUACCACAAGAAGACCCCGAUGUGGUGGUCAUCGAUUCAUCUAAACACAGUGAUGAUUCAGUAGCCAUGAAGCAUUUUAAGUCUCCUACAAAAGAAAGCUGCAGCCCCUCUGAAGCAGAUGACACAAAAGCUUUGAUACAGCCCAGCAAAUGUUCUCCCUUGGUGAAUAUAUCCGGACCUCUUGACCAUUCCUCUCCCAAAAGGCAAUGGGACCGACUCUACCCUGACAUGCUGCAGUCAAGUUCCCAGCUAUCCCAUUCCAGAUCAAGGGAAAGCUUAUGUAGUAUACGGAGAGCAUCUUCAGUUCAUGAUAUAGAAGGAUUCGGCGUCCACCCCAAGAACAUAUUUAGAGACCGACAUGCCAGCGAAGACAAUGGUCGCAAUGUCAAAGGGCCUUUUAAUCAUAUCAAGUCAAGCCUCCUGGGAUCCACAUCAGAUUCAAACCUCAACAAAUACAGCACCAUUAACAAGAUUCCACAGCUCACUCUGAAUUUUUCAGAGGUCAAAACUGAGAAAAAGAAUUCAUCGCCUCCUUCUUCAGAUAAAACUAUUAUUGCACCCAAGGUUAAGGAUCGAACACACAAUGUGACUGAGAAAGUGACCCAGGUUCUCUCUUUAGGAGCGGAUGUCCUACCUGAAUACAAACUGCAGACACCACGCAUCAACAAGUUUACGAUAUUGCACUACAGCCCUUUCAAGGCAGUCUGGGACUGGCUUAUCCUGCUGUUGGUCAUAUACACUGCUAUAUUUACUCCCUACUCCGCAGCCUUCCUCCUCAAUGACAGAGAAGAACAGAAAAGACGAGAAUGUGGCUAUUCUUGUAGCCCUUUGAAUGUGGUAGACUUGAUUGUGGAUAUUAUGUUUAUCAUAGAUAUUUUAAUAAACUUCAGAACAACAUAUGUAAAUCAGAAUGAAGAAGUGGUAAGUGAUCCUGCCAAAAUAGCAAUACACUACUUCAAAGGCUGGUUCCUGAUUGACAUGGUUGCAGCAAUUCCUUUUGACUUGCUGAUUUUUGGAUCAGGUUCUGAUGAGACAACAACAUUAAUCGGUCUUUUGAAGACUGCCCGACUCCUCCGUCUUGUGCGCGUGGCCAGGAAACUGGAUCGAUAUUCAGAAUAUGGCGCUGCUGUUCUAAUGCUCUUAAUGUGCAUCUUUGCCCUGAUUGCUCACUGGCUGGCUUGCAUUUGGUAUGCGAUUGGGAAUGUAGAAAGGCCUUAUCUGACUGACAAAAUCGGAUGGUUGGAUUCCUUAGGACAACAAAUUGGGAAACGUUACAAUGACAGUGACUCAAGUUCUGGACCAUCCAUUAAAGACAAAUACGUCACAGCACUUUAUUUUACCUUCAGCAGUUUAACCAGCGUAGGAUUCGGGAAUGUGUCUCCUAACACGAAUUCGGAGAAAAUCUUUUCAAUUUGUGUCAUGUUGAUUGGCUCACUAAUGUAUGCAAGCAUUUUUGGGAAUGUAUCUGCAAUUAUCCAAAGACUAUACUCGGGAACUGCCAGGUACCACAUGCAGAUGCUGCGAGUAAAAGAGUUCAUUCGCUUUCACCAAAUCCCCAACCCUCUGAGGCAACGUCUUGAAGAAUAUUUCCAGCACGCAUGGACUUACACCAAUGGCAUUGACAUGAACAUGGGUUUUCCAGAAUGCUUACAAGCAGACAUUUGUCUACAUCUCAAUCAGACGUUGCUGCAAAACUGCAAAGCCUUUCGGGGGGCAAGUAAAGGUUGCCUUAGAGCUUUGGCAAUGAAGUUCAAGACCACCCAUGCACCUCCAGGAGACACCCUCGUUCACUGUGGGGAUGUCCUCACUGCACUUUAUUUCUUAUCCAGAGGUUCCAUUGAAAUUCUCAAAGAUGACAUUGUGGUGGCUAUUCUGGGAAAAAAUGAUAUAUUUGGAGAAAUGGUUCAUCUUUAUGCCAAACCUGGAAAGUCUAAUGCAGAUGUAAGAGCCCUCACAUACUGUGACUUGCAUAAGAUUCAGCGAGAAGACUUGUUAGAGGUUUUGGAUAUGUAUCCUGAGUUUUCUGAUCACUUUCUAACAAACCUAGAGUUAACUUUCAACCUAAGGCAUGAGAGUGCGAAGGCUGAUCUUCUACGAUCACAAUCCAUGAAUGAUUCGGAAGGAGACAACUGUAAACUACGAAGAAGGAAAUUGUCAUUUGAAAGUGAAGGAGAUAGAGAAAACAGUACAAAUGAUCCUGAAGACUCUGCAGAUACCAUAAGACAUUAUCAGAGUUCCAAGAGACACUUUGAAGAGAAAAAAAGCAGAUCGUCAUCUUUCAUCUCCUCCAUUGAUGAUGAACAAAAGCCGCUCUUCUCAGGAAUAGUAGAUUCUUCUCCAGGAAUAGGGAAAGCAUCUGGGCUCGAUUUUGAAGAAACAGUGCCCACCUCAGGAAGAAUGCACAUAGAUAAAAGAAGUCACUCUUGCAAAGAUAUCACUGACAUGCGAAGCUGGGAACGAGAAAAUGCACAUCCCCAGCCUGAAGACUCCAGUCCAUCCGCACUUCAGCGAGCUGCCUGGGGUGUCUCUGAAACCGAAAGCGACCUCACCUACGGGGAAGUGGAACAAAGAUUAGAUCUGCUCCAGGAACAACUUAACAGGCUUGAAUCCCAAAUGACCACUGACAUCCAGACCAUCUUACAGUUGCUGCAGAAACAAACCACUGUGGUCCCCCCAGCCUACAGUAUGGUAACAGCAGGAGCAGAAUAUCAGAGACCCAUCAUCCACCUGAUGAGAACCAGUCAACCGGCAGCAUCCAUCAAAACUGACCGAAGUUUCAGCCCUUCCUCACAAUGUCCUGAAUUUCUAGACCUUGAAAAAUCUAAACUUAAAUCCAAAGAAUCCCUUUCAAGUGGGGUGCAUCUGAACACAGCUUCAGAAGACAACUUGACUUCACUUUUAAAACAAGACAGUGAUCUCUCUUUAGAGCUUCACCUGAGGCAAAGAAAAACUUACCUUCAUCCAAUUAGGCAUCCUUCUUUGCCAGAUUCAUCCCUAAGCACUGUAGGAAUCAUGGGUCUUCAUAGGCAUGUUUCUGAUCCUGGUCUUCCAGGGAAAUAAUCAUUUUGUACUAUUUACUCCACAUACAAUGUAAGUGCUUUUAAUGGCUGUUUUCCUUUUUCUAUUUAAAUCCUCUCUACUUGACUCAGGGGCUCACAAGGUACCAUUAUAUGCAAAAGUACUGUAUAUUUUCCUAAAUUGAAGCUUGUAAGGUAAAACUGAGCAGUUAGGAUGUAAAUAUACAUAAGAACUUUUGGUUCCAAAUGUUAAAACUGCCAGCAUCUCACGGCACCUUAUUUUUUAUUUUUAUUUUUAAAAUCACAUGCAUGUUAGGAAACUCCAAUUUCUCUUGCAUGGAGACUCCUAUUUACUGCUUUUACUAAACCAGUACUUUGUUAUGAAAAUGCCUUCCACGCAAAUAAGAAACCAAGGGAUAAAACUGUUCAUGUAUGCAACUCAGAUUCAGAUGAUCCUCAACUCAUGGGAAUUCCAGGGGGAUAAAGGGAACUUAGUCACUUUUGCAAACAGAUUCAGGUCCUUCUGUAUCAAGAAGUUUAAAGUUAAUUACAUUCAUUCCUCCACACUGGAAGAAAAAAUACAAAGUUUGAGUUAUAAACCUCUGACAGUAUAGGAAGCCAUAUCCAAAAACUAAACAUAGGCCAACAUUAAUGAGAACAAAGGUCUUUCUAUUUAAAAUUAGUCACUAAUUGCAUUUACAAACCAUCUAAAGUAUUUUCCACUGGCACAGUUCCUAGAAGGCUUAAAAACAAAUUUCUCUCAUUUUGCUUUUUUUCUGGAGGUGGGGGAUGGUGUGGUCUCCUUAAGAACUGCUAAACUGUGAUCAACGCAAACUGAUAUCCACAGCUUUCUUGUGAUUCACAUUUUAAAGCAAUCCUGAAUUUGAUCAAAAUAGUGGACAUACAGCCUGGACAACAUGGCAAAACCCCAUCUCUACA